AUGAGUAGUUCAAGUCGGUUUGUGAUCCUCAUUCUUUUCUACGUCCUAAUCUGCCUGGAGCACUGGUGGCCUGUUGCUGUGACAACUGCUGGGAGUAGUGCCUUGAUACUCGCCAAAGUCUUUCUCUAUCAGUGGACACAGCAUCCAACAUACAUGUUUGAGGUGAUUUUUUUGUUGCUGAGCUUCAUUCUGCCAUGGGGACAGGCCUGGUUCUUGGACUUCCGUGUCUUGCCACUUGAACAAAGGGCUGCUGCAGUCCUCUCAUCCCUUGGUCUGGGGGCUGGUGAAAGGGAGCCGUUGAUCCAACAGGGGAAUGCAUCCCUCCUCCGGUUUAGCCAGUCUCGUCAUGUUCAU